CGCACCACCGGUCGAUCAAAGUGGCUUGCAGUCAAAGAUCCCGUGAUGCAUCAGAUUGCACAGUAAUCAUCGCUAAAUGGUCCAGGAGAGCAGUAAUUUUGUAAUUGGGAUUGCUUAGCGUACUCCAACCUCGCUCAUCUUCAGUUCAACCCACUUCAUGCUGCACAAAACAAACACAUAAUUAAGUUUCAUAGAAAUGGAGUUUGCACCGCUGAUCAUGCAAGAAAGGUAUAAUCCAUAUUGAUCACCAAUAGACAAUUGCAUUCUCUAGUUGAAGUUCCUUUGUACGGAGGAAAGAAUACUAAUUAGUAAUUACAAUGUUCGCACCACUAGAAGCAACAUGAUGUUCGCCCCUAACAUUAUACAUCUCUCUUCAAAGUUCAAACCAUGAAGCAUGCAUUCUGUUUUAGUUUUCCAUUGCAUCGAGUAGAUUGGGCCUCGGGGUAAAAGAAUGAAAACCUUGAAUGAUUCAAUUGUCCCUUUCUGACUGAAUGAUCCUGGCGGCAAGUAACCCUUUUGAUAGGAAUCUCAAUAUUGUUCGUGAAAGUGGAUCACCAGUUUGCUGGGCUGGGCCUCGGCCCACAUCUGCCUCAAGCGGGCAAAGCAAAACACAGGGGUGGAUCAUCUGUCCACUCCAGACAAACUUGCCUAUCCCAAACCGACCCAGAAUGGGCCCAGCCAAUGAGCAACACAAUUGUUUUUCCUUUUAGUAAACAUUGUAUUGUAUCUCUCGACUCUCAUUCUCAUCUUAAUCAAGUUCAAGUGAUCUACUAGCAAAAAAUUAAGAAUUUUGAGAAUAAAAAAUUUACUUGUCCCGUCUCAAUCGAAGUUGUCGGUAAAAAAUUUACUUUUGAGAAUAACACAUUUUGGGUGACUUGAUUGUCUUGAGCCAUUCGUGGAGUUGCUCUUCUGACAAAAAAAAAAAAAAAACAAAUGUAACAUUUUGAUAUGUGGUUAUUUAAAUUGUUUCAUUCUGUGACAAUUUUGAACUCCCAUGAAAGGGAGGUGGCACUUUCAAUUGCUUCAUUUUUCAAAACCAAUAUAUUUUAUAAUAACAUAAUUACUCACUUUUCAUUUUAUUUACACCCUCCUACUAAUUCAACAAAACAACAAUUUCUCCACUUACACCUCCUACUAAUUUGCACCCUCUAAAAUUUAACUCUCAACUAGCAACCCAUUCGAAUUUGCACCAUUGUUGCUGUUGCCAAACAUAGUGUUAGUGUGACUUAAAGACAAGAACAAUUUUGUAAUUAGCCAUUGAAGUCUCAACAGUCAACGGAGCCACAGAAAGCAUUUCCAUUUUCCGCAGCCGCCACCACCAAUCCACAGUUUUGAGAUGUUCUCGCCAAUAAAGCAGACCCACACGAAAGCUGAAAACUUUCCGUAUCUACAUUGCCCUAUCCCACCACCAAAUCUCCGUUGCUUCCCCUCUUCGAUACUCGCCUUUUCCUUCAAGAAAAGUUAAGAUACAGAAUCGGCGUUCUUCAUUCAUUCUCUAGUUGCCCAUUUAUGCUCCGAGGGGUUUCGCAGCUGCAGCCUCGAUUUCACCGACUUGGGUAUUUGAGGCCUGAGGGGUUUUCAUAAGAGGUAGCCUGUGAAAUGGAAUGCAUCCAGCAGAAUAGCCGAGAUUGAAUGAGCGAGACGUUCAAGUAAAGAGAGGCUCGAUUGGGGAUUGGGAUUUGCUGAGGUAUUUACUCUAUUCACUUGGAGAUGUUCUUCUUGUUCAAUCGAUUCCUUUCCGCUGUUCACUGAUUGCAUAGAAAAGAGGGUUUGGUCUACACUUUUUCAUGAGUUUGAUUUUCUUCCGUUUGAUUGCCGGUUCUACCUUUUGUUUGUUCAUGUUGUCAUUUGCGCGGGAGUGCUUUGGCUGCUAGUAAAUGAAUCUUUGGUUCUGAAAGUUUCGAACUUUACGUCGCAUCUUAUCUGGAAACUAGGUAGUGAAGGAUAUCGAUUCAUGGGAUUUCCUUGAUUGAGCCCAACUGUAUCAGUUAGCUCUUUGUUCCUCUGGUUUUACCACUGGAGCUAUGGUUGUAAUUUAUCAGUGAGUCAUAUAGUGUUCUCCUGAUUGAUUUGAUGCUAGAUCCCAUGUAAAAGAAAGGUUUUGGUGGGGUGAAAUGGGGGCCUUUGCAUUGACAUCUCAGUUGCUUGAAGACUUUGUUUCAGAAUAACUCUGCAAUACCUUUUGUUUCUGUAAUCACGGGUUAUUUAUAGCAAUGGUUGCUUGGUCUGAAAUUGUACUCUUUGGUGAUCGCUGCCAUUUUCAUGUUGAUAGCUUUCAAACAAUGGUUGUUUAAGAUCUUGGUCCAAAACUCUUUGAGUUGAUGUAAGGCACGUGUUGCUUAGAUUAUAAAUGCGCCACUUUUUAAGAAACACCAAUCAAGAUUUUCGGUUCUACAGGUGCCAAACUGAACAGCAGAAGGGACAAUGUCUUUGUUGUCAAAGUUAAGGUGUAUCACUGUGGAUGUCACGGGAACGUUAUUGGCUUACAAAGGCGAGCUUGGUGACUACUACUGCAUGGCAGCUAAAGCUGCUGGAAUGCCAUGCCCUGACUACAAACGUAUGCACCAGGGGUUCAAAGUUGCAUAUACAGAAAUGGCCAGGAAUUAUCCCUGUUUUGGGCAUGCAGCUAAAGUACCAAACAUCGUUUGGUGGAAGACAUGCGUCCGAGACUCCUUUGCCAGGGCUGGAUAUGAUUAUGAUGAAGAGACAUUCGAGAAGAUAUUUAGACGGAUAUAUGCUUCCUUCGGAUCAUCUGCACCUUACAAGAUCUUCCCGGACUCUCAGCCUUUCCUCAGGUGGGCACGUGAGAGCGGCGUCCUUGUUGGCAUUGUCAGCAAUGCUGAAUACCGUUACCAGGACGUGAUCCUGCCAGCCCUUGGUUUACACCAGGGAUCAGAGUGGGACUUUGGUGUGUUCUCGGGUAUUGUUGGGGUGGAGAAACCUGACCCUCGUAUCUACGAAAUUGCGUUGGAAAGAGCUGGGAAAGAUAUUCGGCCAGAAGAAACGUUGCACAUUGGGGAUAGCAUGCGAAAAGACUACUUGCCUGCAAAGAAGGUGGGGAUGAAUGCAGUGCUACUGGAUCGAUUCAAUAUUCCAGAUGCUGAGGAAUGGAAGAAAGCUGGUGCACCUGUGUUUCCUGACCUUGUGGCUGUACAGGAAUAUCUCACUUCUGCCUCCUGACCUGACUGACUGGACCGACUUUUAACGGGGUUUCGUUUGUUUCACCAACCCGAAAAGUAGCUCUGUUGUAUGAUCUCUUCCCGUUUUAUUCAGAAUGAACAUGGAAAUUAGAAGGGGCUGAUGCAUGGGAAGUGAAAUGCAGGUUGUUGCAUGUUCAUGAAUCUUGUAUAUGCCUGCACAAGCUCUAGUUUCACACAUCUGUUGUGAGAAAUCUGGGGUUUGAAAGCUGAAAUGGCAAUUUCUUUCUAAUCUAAAUGUGUAUGCGUUCAUAUUCUAAUUGCACAUUCAUGCCCCGGAUGAUUCAUCCAUGACUUGGUUUAGACACUCAGAGGCAUACAUUAGGAUGCAUGUACUAGCUUCCACGAUUAAGGUGUUGCAUUUAUUUCUCAAAACAUCUUAUCAUAACAUUGAAAUAAGUUCUAACAAAUUAAAUUGUCAAUUGAGCUCUUGUAGCUCAGUUGGUUAGAGCACCCGUUUAGUAAGCGGGAGGUCUUGAGUUCAACUCUCAACGAGAGCAAUUUUUGCUUCACAAAAGCCACAACAUUUGAGAGGUCUUGAGUUCGACUCUCAACAAGAGCAUUUUUCAUUUUUCACUUCACAAAAGCAAUAACCUUUUGAUGGCCUUACUCCAAAUGUACCCAUUAAUGUAUUUGAUUCUUGUUGGAAGCAACACGAUAUAGUUUAUAAGAGGAUAGUUUGAGAUGUACAAAUCUCCUAUUUCUAGGUUAGCCCACUUAUUAAUGACAGAAUUACAUAUAAUCUAGAGUGGCAAGUACUGUAGAAUGUAAAUGCACUGCAUCAAGGAAGUCCCAUAUAUAAUAAGACUUAAUCUUGGCAAGAUUUGACCUUUGAACUUUUAUGUUUUGGUCAGCUUGGUACAUGAAUGUUAUUUAUGGUCAUGGCGAUACAUGAACUCUUAUUUUUUCCCUGGUAAUUAUGAACUCUUACUUUUGAUCAAUCAGUUGAGAGGUCUUGAGUUCGACUCUCAACAAGAGCAUUUUUCAUUUUUCACUUCACAAAAGCGAUAACCUUUUGAUGGCCUUACUCCAAACGUACCCAUUAAUGUAUUUGAUUCUUGUUGGAAGCAACACGAUAUAGUUUAUAAGAGGAUAGUUUGAGAUGUACAAAUCUCCUAUUUCUAGGUUAGCCCACUUAUUAAUGACAGAAUUACAUAUAAUCUAGAGUGGCAAGUACUGUAGAAUGUAAAUGCACUGCAUCAAGGAAGUCCCAUAUAUAAUAAGACUUAAUCUUGAAAAGAAGGUCAAUUUGACCUUUGAACUUUUAUAUUUUGGUCAACUUCGGUACAUGAAUGUUAUUUAUGGUCAUGGCGGUACAUGAACUCUUAUUUUUUUCCUGGUAAUUAUGAACUCUUACUUUUGAAUAGUUUUGAUCAAUCCUUUGAGAGGUGUUGAGUUCGACUCUCAACAAGAGCAUUUUUCACUUCACAAAAGCCAUAACCUUUUGAUGGCCUUACUCCACACGUACCCAUUAAUGUAUUUGAUUCUUGUUAGAAGCAACACGAUAUAGUUUAUAAGAGGAUAGUUUGAGAUGUACAAAUUUCCUAUUUCUAGGUUAGCCCACUUAUUAAUGACAGAAUUACAUAUAAUCUAGAGUGGCAAGUACUGUAGAAUGUAAAUGCACUGCAUCAAGGAAGUCCCAUAUAUAAUAAGAGUUAAUCUUGUCAAGAAGGUCAAUUUGACCUUUGAACUUUUAUAUUUUGGUCAGCUUUGGUACAUGAAUGUUAUUUAUGGUCAUGACGGUACAGGAACUCUUAUUUUUUCCCCUGGUAAUUACGAACUCUUACUUUUGAUCAAUCCAAUACACGAACUUUUUAAUUUAUGUGUAAUUCUAACUAGAGUUGAUGACAUAACAUUAAUUAGAGUUAUUUAUUUAUGUCAUCUCAUACGCUGCGUGUCACUUAAAAUAAAUUAAAAAAUGAAUC